CUUGCCUUGAUGACGUAACGGCAAUGGCCGCUCUCACUGUGUAGAGCAGGGUUUAUGAAUCUCUCCGAUAGAAGAAAAAGCAAUCCGAAUAUUUAUUACUGUGUACAGCUUUACACUUGGACGGGGAGAGACGGGGUAGUAGUUACGAUCACACUCCUGUCUCAAAAGACGUGCAGGUUGGCAACGCCUCCAAUGGAUGCAACUGAAAGCCCCAGUCAUGACAGACAGUCCCUGGAAGAGAAAGAGACCUCGGACAGCGAGAUGCUGAAAGAGGACAGUCAGGAGGGUGGGGCGGAGUCGGACCUGGAGGAUCUAGAGGACGAGGGUGGGGAGAGAGUGUCGGACCAGGAGGAGGAGGAGGAGGAUGGGUAUGGAGGGGAGCUGUGCCACGAGGUCCCGUCAGGUGCAGCAUUGACGAGGGGGCGAGGGGUGAAUUGCUCGGACGAUGAAGAGGAGGAGGAUCGAGUCAGCCAAGAGGCGAAGUCCCCCGACUCGGAGCCUGAUCUGGGCCGGGAGAAGCUUUUGUCUUCCCCGCUAGCGGAGGAGGAAGAGGAGGAGGACGACGAGGGGGUGAAGGCAGCAGCUGCGGACAGCCGGGUAAGCGACCUCAAGGACGAGUCCUCGUCAGUGACGCGGGAGCUGGACGAGCACGAGCUGGACUACGACGAGGAAGUGCCCGACGAGCCGAGCGGCGCCGCCCCCGAGGAUGAGGACGGGGACAGGGUGCCUGGGGAAGAAGGAGAGGAGGAAGAGGCAGACCCUGAGGAUGAGGAAAAGAAGGAAAAGAGGAAGGACUCCCAGCAGCCAGAAAAGGUCACUGAGCCCAAAAGGGCAGAGGAGCCCAAGGCUCCUGAGAGGGGUCGGAGAGAUUCCUUACGAGAUAAAAAGAAAGAUGACGACGAUGGAGAGAUCGAUGAGGGAGAAAUAGAUGAUGAUGACUUGGAAGAAGGCGAGGUGAAGGACCCCAUGGAUCGGAAGAUAAGGCCCCGUCCCAUCUGCAGGUUUUUCAUGAAAGGUAACUGCACAUGGGGAAUGAAUUGCAGAUUUAUCCAUCCGGGGGUGAACGACAAAGGAAAUUAUUCUCUCAUAGUCAAGCCCGACCCCUUCUCACCCAACGGAGGGCCCCCAGUUGGACCUCAUCCUCUCAUGCCUUCAAAUCCAUGGGUCUUAAAGAAAGCUACAAUACGGAAGGAGCAAGAGCCCGACUUCGAGGAAAAGAGAUUCAAUGUGACGAUUGGAGAGGACGAGCGGGAUUUCGAUAAAGAGAAUGACUUCUUCAGGGAGAGGACGUACCGUAUCACGAGAGAGAUCCGAGACCCUGGGAAUGAUCCCUACGCAGACUCCUACUACGAUUACGAAAUGGAGUGCCUCUGGCGAGGGGGGCAGUACGAGAAUUUCAGGGUUCAGUACACGGAAGCAGUGCCAUACCAUUACAACGAGCGGGAGCGCGACACCAGGGACCGCCAGCGGGACCGGGAGCGGGAGCGGGAGCGCGAGCGCGAACGGGAGCGGGAGCGCCGGCAGCGGGAGAGGGAGCGGGAGCGCGAGCGGGAGCGGGAGAAGGAGAGGCAGCGCAGGAAGGAGGAGUGGGAGAGGGACCGGCUGAAGCGGGAUGAGAAGGAGCGGCCCAGGGAGCGCACGCGGGAGCGCGAGAAGGAGAAGGAGAAGGAGAAGGAGAAGCCCAAGCCGAGGACGCCACCUCCGCCCCGGCCCAUGGAGCCGCCUCCCAAGAAGGAAAUGGGGCCUUUGAUAAAACGGCCGGACGAGUGGAAAGAUCCCUGGCGGCGGUCCAAAUCCCCCAAGAAGCGGAUGGGAAUGUCGGGCUCCCCCACACGGGGGCGCCGGAGACACCGGCCCUCAGGAUCUUCCAUUUCCUUGUCCAAUUCCUCCAGGUCAUCGUCCCAUUCUUCUUCGUACUCUGGUUCCGGUUCCUCUCGGUCCAGAUCGUCCUCCUUCAGCUCCUACUCGAGCCAGUCCUCGCAGCACAGCUCUUUUUCUGGAAGUCGCUCAAGGUCGCGAUCCUUCUCUUCCUCUCCUACUCCUUCUCCCACUCCUUCUGCUCAGAGGAAUGCUGCAAAGACUAAAGCAGAGCCUCUGAGACCCCCGGCGAAAGGCAUCCCUUUGAAGAAUCCGCUGCCCCCUCGCAGGGAAAAGGUUGUGAAGAAGCCAUCUAUGACACCUCCCCCAGGGCCUCCUGGGAAGCCUGUGAAGCCACCCCCAGAGGGGGCCAAGAUGGCCGACCCCAGAGAUGGCUGCCGUAAGGAUCGACAACCACACAACCCCCCCGGCAGGCAUGCGGUGACCGGCAGUGUGAGUGGCAGUGCCAGCAGCUAUUCCGGCUCCAGCUCCCAUUCCAGGUCUCCCUCGCAUUCCCUGUCCAGGUCACGAUCCCGUUCCCGAUCCUCCUCCGUCUCCCUCUCUCACUCUCCUUCCGGUUCCAGGAAAUCCAGAAAAUCCAGGUCUCUCAGUGUAAGCAGUGUGUCUUCAGUGUCCAGCGCCUCCUCCAGCAGCAGUUCAGUGCGCAGUGCAGACUCUGAAGACAUGUAUGCUGACCUGGCCAGUCCUGUGUCCUCCGCCAGCUCCCGAUCACCCACCCCAGCACAGCAGAAAAAAGAGAAAGGAAAACCUAAAAAGGAUGAGCCGUUCAAAGAGGAGCGAAGAAAACCGGAACCCCCUCCCCAGCCCCCCAAGCCCACCGCUCUGAAGUCGGGACAGAGUAGCAAACCCUCCCAGCAGCACCAGCCCCCCCCUGGACCGCAGUCCGGCUACGGGUCCCACAAGGACAUCAAGCUUACGCUGCUCAACAAGCAAGCUGAUAAAGGAAACAGGAAAAGAUACUUACCAUCAGACAAGGAUAGGCCAACUUCUCCACUAAGCAAAAGAAUAGCCAUGUCACCGGAGAGAGGUCGGGAAAGAAGAAUUCCAGGACGGCCCGUCUCCCCCAAAUUGGACCGUCCCAGAGGACAGGGCCAGCGACCACCACCAGCCCAAGCAGAGAGGAAGCGCCCACUGUCUCCUCCGCCCAAGUCCUCCGGCAAAGGCCCCAGCCUGGCGGGCAAACCUCCGGGGGGUGUUGGGUCGGCCCCCCCAGCGAAGUCCAGCAAAGCCAGCACGCUGUCCCGGCGCGAGGAGCUGCUGAAACAGCUGAAGGCUGUGGAGGACGCCAUUGCACGCAAGCGGGCCAAGAUCCCCGGGAAAGUAUAGUUACCAAACCGUUUCAGCUCAGAGACAGAGGGAAGAUUUUAUAUUUAAGACACAAAUGAGAGGAAGCAGACACCGUCCUGCUGCUUCUUGAGAGGGGAAAAAAAGGCCUCAGUAAGUUUCUUAUUAAAAAUGGCAAAAUCUUUGAUAUGUUUUUGUAAGAUUCUUUGCUGUGGACUGUGAAUGCUAAGACCCACCUCGUACUUCAGGCAGUUGGAGGAGACGUUGGCAGUAACAUUCGGAGAAGCAAAGAACAUCACAUCCACAGGCCCUUGCCCAUGGAGCCUUUCUUAACCAAUGAACUGUAUUCUACUAGAUCUGUGCGUUUAGUGUUUUCAACAUGAUAUUCUUCAAUUUCUUACAAUGUACGACUAUAGAGAUAACAAAUGACUGUGAUGUGAAGUAUUUUGCCUUUCUUUUGUUUUUAAUCUGGCACAGAAUUUUUUUCCUAGCUCUUCCUAAAUAAAAGAUAAUCAUUCUUUAUAUUAAUUGUUCCAUAUUUUAGUUCAUACGGAGUGUACCUGGUUGUAUUUGGGAUGUUGGCUGAAUAAAAGUAAGACUGCAUCUUGGUUUCAUGACAAGAAAAACAACAAAAUAAACUAUUUUGAUAAAGAGA